CCCGAAUGAUUUUUUUGUGAAGGAGCGUAAAGGCCAAAAAACUCGCGCUCAUCUUGACUCGGGACCCUAGGAGGGGCCUACAAUUCCCCAAUCUGGAUACUGACUCGUGAAUGAUGGCAACUGGAUAAGAUAACGAUGUCCUGUUUUUAUUUUUCUCCUCUCCCUCUUGGCCUCAGACUCGGAGCCUUCCCACUUGGCGACGGAGCUUCUCUUCUCAAUGGCUCCGUUGCAUCAAUGGAAGAAACCUGUAACGAUGAAGAAAUAACUAUUGUCUCCCAUGUAGUCGAAAGUGAUAUUUCAAGGAGCACAGAAAUGGAUGAUUAUUUCAUUCAACUUCUAAAAUUGAGUUCAUAUAUAACUCGCCAAUUCAUUCGAUUUAUUGAGUACCUUGUGAUCAGAGAUGUUGAAAGCAUCUCGCAAGAGUCCGAAGCUUUAUUUUCCAGAUGGAGGGGAAGGUCCUUGCAUACAAGUUAUCAGUCUUCCGUUGGGGAUAGCUCAAUGUGUUUUAAUCCUUUGGAGACCAGAACACAUAUUCCGGAAUCUGAGAUACAGUCCAUAAGCCAAAAGAAAAACAAUUAUGCAUAUAGAAAAACUGGAACUGUUGGACUACGGAAAGUCCAGUCAAUCAUUUAUCGAGGGUUGAUGUGCCCAUUGUAUGGCCUCAGACUGGGAUGUAGAUUGGUGUCCACUUUUCUGAGAUGUUCCAGAAUCUAUGUUAGAGAGAUUCACAUGCAACUGCAGGGAAUCAUAUGCCGUAUGAGGAUAACAUUGCAGGGAUCAUCUGAGGAUAUUGGGUGGUUGCAGAGAACUGAAGGAUUACCUCCCGUGGAGGAUGGCACUGCCCGAUUCAUGGAGCUGCUUCAUGAUAUAAGAAAUGGCAUACAUUGUCUGCCCAACACUCUGGUUUAUUUAUUAAUUCCUGGCCUUUUUAGCAACCAUAGUCCCUUAUAUUUUGUGAGGACAAAAAGAUUCUUUUCGAAGAUGGGUCUAACCUGUCAUAUUGCCAAGAUUCAUAGUGAGGGCAUGACCAUAGCGUUGAUACGUACCACUACUGAUGCAAAGGAGGGGAUUCUACUGUAUUUACUUUCUGAUGAAGCCAUUUAUGGACUCACAUGCAAGCUUAGGAUCUGUAGGACAUGUCUUCAGGCAUCAGUGGAGAAAAAUGCAUGGGAACUGAAGCAAUAUAUUGAGGAGCUCUACUGGGGAUCUGGAAAGCAGGUGCUACUUCUUGGGCACAGCAAAGGCGGGGUUGAUGCUGCAGCAGCAUUGUCCUUGUACUGGUCUGACCUGAAACAAAAGGUUGCUGGUCUUUCACUAGUUCAGAGCCCGUAUGGUGGCAGCCCCCUUGCUUCAGAUAUCCUGCGUGAAGGCCAGAUUGCUGACAAGGAAGCCCGAAGGAUUAUGGAGUUCAUUAUUUGCAAAUUGAUCAAGGGUGACAUUAGGGCUCUCGAGGAUCUCACAUAUGAAAAGCGGAAGGACUUUAUCACCAAGCACAGGCUUCCUUCAGAGCAAAUCCCGCUGAUCUCUUUCCACACAGAAGCUAGUGUGGCUCCUGGUGUUCUGGCCACAAUGUCCCUCAUCGCCCAUGCCGAGCUACCAUGGCUUCCCCUUCCCCACUUCUUUUCCGAGUUCAACGAGAACUGCUCAGGGGAAGCUGGCCGAAAGGUGCCUGUUGUCAUUCCUCUAGCUGCUGCUAUGGCGGUCAGCGCAUUGCACCUAAGGCUACGUUAUGGAGAAAAGAGUGAUGGGUUAGUGGCACGCUGCGAUGCUGAGGUGCCAGGAUCAGUUGUUGUGAGGCCAGAUCGGAAGCUGGACCACACAUGGAUGGUGCAGGCCUCUCUGAAGAAGGACCGGUUUGAAGCUGAUGCCAGUGAGAUGUGUGAAGCUCUUCUGACCAUGCUUGUGGAGAUUGGAAGGAAGAAGCCAGUAAUUGCGGACGCUACGUGGCCUACAAGAGAUGGAUGCAUAAAUGGUUGGCAUCAUGAAAUGGAGAGUAUGCAGAAAGCGUUGCAUUUGUAGAGGCAAUAUGAUUAUAUAUAUAUGACGUAAUCAUUUUCUUAAGUUGCAGACUUCGUUUGAUUGUGUUUUUUAUCUUUUAAAUUGUGGCUUUCAUGGAGAUUGAAGAUUGUUGAGGUUGAUAUAUAGCUGUUUUUUUUUAUA